GUGCGAGAGGACCCCAGCGAACAAGGGAGCGAGUGAGGGUCAGACUGCAGAGACUGGGCCAGCGGCUCGGAUAGAAGCCGGGCCAGGCCGGCGUACUGCGCCGGCUGCGCUCGUUCCGGAUCCGCAGAGCUAGCGGCGGGCGGCGCUCAGCCGCGUUCACAGCCUCCUCUUCUCCCCAGCCGGGGAGAGAGAGCGCCUUGGUCCCGCUUUGGGCUUUUGCAUUCUCUGCCGCCGUGGCGGACAAGCCGCUGCGCACUGUAUCUAGCCCAAUCCCCUCCCUAGCUAUCCGAGGGUCCAAGAGCCAAGUUCCCUGGCUUUCCUGCCGUCCGUUGGGUCCCACCAAGGCAGUCCUGAAGUUGAGUUUGAGAGGCGACACGGCGGCGGCGGCCGCGCUGCUCCCGCUCCUCUGCCUCCCCAUGGAUAUGCACUGCAAAGCAGACCCCUUCUCCGCGAUGCACCCAGGGCACGGGGGUGUGAACCAGCUCGGGGGGGUGUUUGUGAACGGCCGGCCCCUACCCGACGUGGUGAGGCAGCGCAUCGUGGAGCUGGCCCACCAGGGUGUGCGGCCCUGUGACAUCUCCCGGCAGCUGCGGGUCAGCCAUGGCUGUGUCAGCAAAAUCCUGGGCAGGUACUACGAGACUGGCAGCAUCAAGCCUGGAGUGAUUGGCGGUUCCAAGCCCAAGGUGGCAACGCCCAAAGUGGUGGACAAGAUUGCUGAAUACAAGCGGCAGAACCCGACUAUGUUUGCCUGGGAGAUCCGUGACCGGCUGCUAGCUGAGGGCAUCUGCGACAAUGACACAGUGCCCAGCGUCUCAUCCAUCAACAGGAUCAUUCGGACCAAAGUUCAGCAGCCUUUCCACCCAACACCGGAUGGCGCAGGGACAGGAGUGACUGCCCCUGGCCACACCAUCGUUCCCAGCACGGCCUCCCCUCCCGUUUCCAGCGCCUCUAAUGACCCAGUGGGAUCCUACUCCAUCAAUGGGAUCCUGGGGAUUCCUCGCUCCAAUGGUGAGAAGAGGAAACGUGAUGAAGUCGAGGUAUACCCUGAUCCUGCCCACAUUAGAGGAGGUGGAGGUUUGCAUCUGGUCUGGACUUUAAGAGAUGUGUCCGAGGGCUCUGUCCCUAAUGGAGACUCCCAGAGCGGUGUGGACAGUUUGCGGAAGCACCUGCGAGCCGACACCUUCACCCAGCAGCAGCUGGAAGCUUUGGAUCGGGUCUUUGAACGACCUUCCUAUCCAGAUGUCUUCCAGGCAUCAGAGCACAUCAAAUCAGAACAGGGGAAUGAGUACUCUCUCCCGGCCCUGACCCCUGGGCUUGAUGAAGUCAAGUCAGGUCUCUCUGCAUCCGCCAACCCCGAGCUGGGCAGCAAUGUGUCAGGCACACAGACAUACCCCGUCGUGACCGGUCGCGAUAUGGCGAGCACCACUCUACCUGGUUACCCCCCUCAUGUGCCCCCCACUGGCCAGGGGAGCUAUCCUACCUCCACCCUGGCAGGAAUGGUGCCUGGGAGCGAGUUCUCAGGCAACCCCUACAGCCAUCCCCAGUACACCGCCUACAACGAGGCUUGGAGAUUCAGCAACCCUGCCUUACUAAUGCCGCCCCCCGGGGCUCCGCCCCUGCCGCUGCUGCCGCUGCCUAUGACCGCCACUAGUUACCGCGGGGACCACAUCAAGCUUCAGGCAGACAGCUUCGGCCUCCACAUCGUCCCAGUCUGACCGCCCACCCCAGAGGGGGGAGGACCGAAGCGACGAGCUGCCACUCGGCCACCGUCCCAGUCCCACCCCUCCACCUCGAGACACCCUUCCCCCUCCCCCGCAGCCCUUCACGUCACCCUGUCGAUGGCCUGACAGCACCGGUGGAGCGGCGGGUAGGACCCUCAGGCCCCGGCUCAUCGCCAGCCCCGCCCGCCGCCCCUCCCUGCCUGCCUGCCUGCCUGCCUGGACCACCUCGCCGCCCGGAAGCUCGCCCGCCUCUGGCCCGCGCGUCCGGCACGUUUCUGUGACACACAAUCAGCGUGGCCCACCCGGGGGCAGCCCGCUUCUGACGCUGGGCGCUGGGAGGCUUCACUGCAGAAGCUGAGCUAGGGAAACUAAGGAAAGGACUUUGUGCUGAAGGAGGAGCCGUGGUCGGAACCCCUAGGGAAACUCCUGCCCCACCCCAUCCCCUGUGCCUGCCAGGCUGACCCCGCCUUCUGUCUGCGUCCAGCCGCUGACAGUGGCACCUGAACGCGAGGAUCGGACUCGAGGGACAACGUUUGGGACGGCAGAGUUUUCCAAGGCUGGUACCCAAGGCGAGCAGACGCCAACUGAGCUCGUCCACCCUGACUGCCUAGUUCCCCAGGGCGUGGGAUCUCCUGCAGUGACUCUACUCUCGGCCCCGCCUUGCCCCUACCUCAGCGCCUCUUCCAUCUGCUGGCCUUUGACUUUCCCCUCCUGCGCGUUUUCAUCCCAGGACACCUUGCACGCAGCCCCAUCGGGGCCACCGCGGGAACAGUUUCCUCCGACUGCGGCUGCCAGCACUGGUCUUUCCCAGCAGUAACUUGCUGUCCCCCACCCCAAACUCCCAACCUGCGGGCGGUAGGAGCCAGCAGGGAACUGACGACCGAGCUGCCCGGGAGAUGGAAACCGGGGGCUGCUUGCCCCACUCCAUCCACCCUCAGCCGAACAGAGCCCCUGAAGUCUACAUACUUAUUUAAUAUGACGGUCUUUGCAUAAACGAACAAAACAAAAACCCAAAAGGCUGCUUUGUAGAAAGACGGUGUGUGUGGUGUGGAGGCGAACCUCUCCCUGUACAUAUCCCCUCCCUCUCCGCCCCGCCCGCCCGCCGGGUACCGUAGAGUCCCUGUCCCCCGCCCGCCCUGCCUGUAGAUACACCUGCUGUCCGUGCUGUGAGGGUCGCCGCUCGCUGGGGGGAGGGGGGGACAGAGCUACAUGCCCACUCAAGGACAGCACGUUCUGGGGGAGGGGGGCAUUUUUUUACUUUACAAAAAAAAUUAUGAAAGAAAUCUCUAUGCAAAAUGACGAACAUGGUCCGGUGGACACCUCUCGCCUCUGUUUUGUUGGCUGUUUCUCUAAUUCCGUGUUUUCCGCUCUCACCUCCCUGCAUCUCUCCCUCCCUCUUCAUCUCCCCUUUCUCUUCUGUGUCUCUUUCUCUGCCUCACUUGUCUCUGUCUCGGUCCCGGCCCUCCUGCCCCAGGCUUCCAAGGCUACAUUAAAAGUGGCAGAGCCAGCCUCCGGGCUAGCCCCUAGUGGCCUUGCCACCGUGCUCCGGCUAGGCCGCCCUGUCCCUCCCCGCCCUGUAGUUGCUCUCUCUCGGUAGCGGCGAUGCUCCCUGCAUGUCUCCUCAACCGUGGAUCGUGACGACUCGAAAUAACAGAAACAAAGUCAAUAAAAGUGAAAAAAUAAAUAAGUAAAUAAAUAAAAAUCCUUGAACAAAUCCGAAAAGGCUUGGAGUCCUAGCCCAGAUCUCUCUUCCCUUCGAGCCUUUUUAUUUGAAAAGGAAAGUGAGAAAAGAGAAGAGUGUAAGGGCACUGCGGUAGCCUGGUCCGGGCCCAGCAGCGGAGCCCUAGGUCCCAGCUCCGAGGCCAGGCUUGACCCCAGUCUUGUGUGGGGCUGGCUGGCUGGGCUCAAGGAGCACGGGACCCAGGAUCAGGCCUAGCUUUCGAAAGGUCUUCCACAGUUCUGGUCUCCUCCGCCACUUUCAACGUGUCGGUUCGUUUUAAUUAUUUUUAUUUUCUUUCUUCCUUUCUUUUUUUGUGC